AGGGGGAGGGAUGUGGGUGUCAGAAGGAAGAGGCGAUAGAUUUUUCUAAGUUGGUCUAGAUUUGUCCACAGAGAGAGGGAGAGAGAGAGAGAGAGAGCGAGAGAUAAUGCUAAUAAUGGGCAGCACUUCUUUUUCUCCCUCCCUUUCUUUGUCUCCCUCCCUUUCCCCUCAUUCUAGUAAGUUCCCUAACCCCAACCCUAAUCUAUUCCUCCGUUCUCACUCAUCUUUCACUCCCCUCACUCUCCGUUCUAAUCAAACGCGUUACCGUUUCAAGAAGCUCCCCUCCUCAAAUGCCCCCAAUUUCCUCGUUGCCGCUUCGGGGAAGGCAGAGCCGUUGAAGGUAAUCAUAUCUGGGGCUCCGGCUUCUGGUAAAGGUACACAAUGUGAGCUCAUCACCCAAAAAUAUGGUUUGGUGCAUAUUGCUGCUGGAGAUUUACUGAGAGCAGAAGUUGCCGCCGCUAGUGAAAACGGGAAGCUAGCAAAGGAAUACAUGGAGAAAGGAGAAUUAGUCCCUAAUGAAAUAGUUGUUAUGAUGGUCAAGGAGCGUCUGCUGCAACCUGAUUCUCAACAAAGGGGUUGGCUUUUAGAUGGCUAUCCUAGGAGCUCAUCCCAGGCAGCUGCUCUUGAAGAUUAUGGGAUCCGUCCUGAUGUUUUCAUUUUGUUGGAUGUUUCUGAAGACAUUCUUGUUGAGAGAGUGGUUGGACGAAGGUUAGACCCUCUUACGGGGAAGAUAUACCACUUGAAAUAUUCACCCCCGGAGAACGAUGAAAUUGCAUCCAGGCUUACACAACGAUUUGAUGAUACUGAAGAAAAGGUGAAGUUGCGGCUACGCACACAUCAUCAAAAUGUGGAUGCUGUGCUCUCUGUAUAUAAAGAUAUCACAGUCAAGGUUAAUGGAAAUGAGGCCAAGGAACAUGUGUUUGCACAAAUUGAUGCUGCUCUUACACAUGUAGGUGAGCAAAGGAAGGUGAAUUCUGGAUCUCUGGCCGCAUAAAUGAAAAUUAGAUAUCUUGGCGAUUUCCAUCAACAAAUAUAUCCUUAUUGGCAUUGGAUGAUUGGACUUGUGUAACAGAGUUAAGUAGUUCAAUUCUCUUUUUUUCUUCUUUUGGUUUUUUCUGAGGGGGUGGGGAGUAAGAGUUUCAAGGUCAAUUCCGAGUUUAUAAUCAUCAAUUCUUUAUACUUUUUAAGGAAAAUUAUCUCGUUGUGAUCCUCCAAAAAAUAAAUAAAUUCAAAUAAAAACUGUAUGUGUAAGAUUUGGUA